AAAGCUGCAAAAGUUUCAACUUUUAAGGGUUUCGUCUGAAGGAGAAGGAGCUUGAAUAAGCCCCAAGUCAGAGAGAACCAGAGAGAAAGAAGAAGAGAGAUAAUUAACGAUGGAUUUGGAUGGACCUCUUGAUUUCGAGAACGAAGAUCCUCUGGUUAACCCUCCACCGACAAUUGAGAAAAGGAAGAAAGUUAUUGGUUUGGACGAUCUUCUAUCUGAUUUUUAUAAAGAGAAGAGUAAGGUUAUUGACAAGGUAAACAAGAAACGCAAAGUCUCUAAGGUUUAUCAUUCGGAUGAUGAUGAACAAGGCCAAGUAGAUUUGCUUUCUCAAUGUGUUGAUGAGUGUCAGAAUCAGAUGAAUGAGAUAGCUGGUGAAGAAGAAAAUCAAGAUUGGGGAUUAUCUAUGUUUGGAGAUCAGAAAAUUCCAAUACCUUCACCGCAUGUUGAUCUCGAUAGUUGCUGCUUGUUGAAAGAGUUUAUGAGUAAUCAGUUAAAUUUGGUUGUGGGUCUUACCGUAGAUGAAGGAACAACUUUUCUUGAAGGAUUGCUGGUUAACGGCUGGCUCACAAGACUGAUCUUGACUUCUGCGCGUGUGGAAAAGUUCAUAUGCAAGUGGACGCUUAAUAUAUUGUUGUAUUCAUCGAAAGAAGAUCUAAGAUCAUGUGCUUGUGACUUUUGGUGUUCUAUACUGUUAUCACAAAACAAGGUUAAUGGAGCUCCUGUUGAAAUUUACUGGCUUCCUAACUAUCAGGAACUUAAAGAAGCUCUUGAAUCAUAUGGGUUCAGAAUUAGUCUGUCACAAGACGUUGAACUAGCAGAAGCGGAUUCUGAGUCUCAAGGUCCUCCACAGAAUAUUAGAGCUUGGCUCACAUUGGUCACAACUUGUUGUCAAAUUAGGUGUAAAAAUCCCAUUUUUUCCACUUCACAAGUUGAAGAGAUAGCCGAAAUCCUUGUAUUGCUGCUAUUAGAUCGCGGUCUUCUAGGUCUUUCACUUCUCUUACAAGAAUGCUUAAUAUCUGUUAUUGGAUCCUUUAAAGAGGAAGAAUGGGUUUCAAGCUGCAAGAAAAUAGCAAACUCUCUUGCUUCAAGAGUACCUCAAGACAUGAAUUGUUUGAGGGUAGUGGAAUCUGUAUCAGGUGUUGAUGCUCGAAGCAAGCAUCUGAGAAGUUCCAUCGCACAUCAAAUGCUCGUUGUUUUACUUGAUCAUAAGGACAGCGACGAAAAUUUGUUGAGCUCGCUGAUGUGUAUCAAUGUGAAGGAGAAAAGUUGUAACCUAUUCAAAACUUACAUUUCCGUGGUAUUGGCGGAGAACUGGCUCUUCUCCAGUACAUUGGUCGAAGAAAAGCCGGUACUGAGGGACAUGUGGGCUGUGUUUCUCAGAAACUGUUCUUGUCAGAUCAACAGCACCGAUCUUCGGUCUUAUGCAUCAAAAGUUCGUACCAAAGCCGCCUAUCUUCUUCAAGGAUGCAGCAGCAAUUGAAGGGGUACUUUUGAAACUUUAGCAGUAGAUUGAUGAGUAAAAUUUCGCUAAUAUU